AUGGAAGAGCUAGGGUCGAGCAUCUACAAGGGUCACUCGGAUAAACGCAACAACAGCAGCACGGUACUGGACCUCAUCGAGCGCCGUCUCCCCUCUAUCAUGCAUCCGUAUACCAUAACUAUCACCCGCACCGACUGGAUUAGCGGCUACUCAAUCGCCAUCCAAGACGCCUUCAACCUCACCUGGAAGCUCUCCCUCGUCCUAAAAGGCCAUGCCGACUCCAAGCUUCUCGAGACAUACAACUCCGAGCUCUUGCACAUUGCGCACCAACUCAUUGACUUUGACAAGAAGUUCGCGAAGAUGUUGGGUCGCAAAAGGGCCUCAAUGCGCCUGAGUUCCGCGAUGCGGAACGUUGCAGAUGAGGAGGCGAAGUAUCCGAUAACACUGGGGAAGAGGAUUCUACCUAUGCGGAUGCUACGGCAUAUUGGUGGCUGGGACGUCCAUUUGCUCGACGUAAUGCCGUCGAAUAGUCACUUCUAUGUUGUUGUUUUCGCGGACGACAUUCUUGCCUCGGAGAGCGCCGAGCGAGAGUUUGCGGAGCUAUAUCAGAGCCUUUGUAAGCCAUCCUUAUUACUGAAUCGCUACAACGCCCCAAGGACGCAGGCAGACUGGGACUAUGAGGAUGUGGAUAUUACUUCGGAGAGGAGCGAUGGCAAAGUGGUGGAUUUGUUUGUGCUGCACACAUGCGACCACCUAAAGAUGGAGCUGAGGCCCAAAUAUGAGCAACAGAAAUAUAGAUUUUAUGAGGAUAGGGAGGAUAAAGAGCUUCAGCGGCGCGUUGUCAAGACGGAUAGGGUGACGAUGAAACUGGUUAGGCCGGAUAGUUAUGUCGGGAUGCUUUAUACAGCCAGCGCGUUGCGGAAAAUGGAGGAAUACAUGGACGGCUUUGUAAUUAAGAGGACGUAG